AUGCACAAGGAUGACAAGGAGACUGCGAAAGUCAUGCAGGAGAGCACUCCAUGCAGACUUGCUGUCUACAGCCAGAGACGCGAGGAGGAAAGUGGAAGCAGCUCCGAUGAGCAGGACGAUUCAGAGGGGGUGCUGGAGGUGUUCUGCCCCAGGAAGCAUGCCAACCUAUCACCAAAGUCAUCUAUGGCACGAAAGGACUACAACAGAGAAAUUGGCGCGAUGAUUCAGUCAGAAUUUAAGAGUUAA